GUCCGAGAAACGGGCAACAAGUCUGUUAGAGGGAAACUGUGAAUUAGAAGAAUAAAGGCCGAAGUAGGACUGUUUGGAUUCAGAGUAACAGUUCCCAGGUGGAUUUAGCAGCUGAAGGAGUACGUGGACAAACACAGUGAAGGUAUCAUGGCCACCCUGUUUACGGAGCUGCCCUCCUAGAAUUGCCUGAUACAUAAAGAUACAUACCUGCACAUCCCUGGAAUCCACACAAACACACCCACCUUUGACUCGUGGUGUGUGAGGGAUGACAACCUCCCAUCUGAACGGCCAUGUUGCUGGGGAGGGAGGAGGUGGAGGAGGAGAUGAAGAGCUGAGGGGAGGACAGCAGCACCGCGAAAUGGCCGUCGACUGUCCGGGAGAGCUGGGUAGUCGAACGCUACCGGUCCGACGAUCUGCGCAGCUGGAGAGGAUACGACAGCACCAGAGUUGGAGGAGUUGCUGCUGUCACUGAAGCAGGUCCGGGGCUGCCUUACCGACCAGCAGAGUCAGAAUGACAUAGAGCUGGUUCUUGCACUACUAAACAAGUCUGACUUCCAGUCAGCACUGAAGAUCCAUAAUGCGGUGGCCUCCAGCAUGCACCGACCCUCUCCUCCCUACCCACACACACAGCAGGCACUUCCGCUGGCCAUGGAGGUCAGGAAUCUCAUCCAGCCAAGUCAGAACAAAGAGGGACUCGAACUACACAGCCUGCUGACAGAUACACACAUCCAGUCAUUGCUCCUGGCCCAUGACAGCAUAGCAGAGAGGGAAAUGCAGCCUGAGCCUCUGCCUGACCAAGGAGAAACACUGACCCAGUGGGGAGGGGAGACUGUCAAGAUAGUUCGCAUAGAGAAGGCCCAAGACAUACCUCUGGGGGCGACCGUUCGUAAUGAAAUGGACAGUGUCGUGAUCAGUCGUAUCGUUCGAGGGGGAGCAGCUGAACGGAGUGGACUCUUAUCAGAAGGAGAUGAAAUACUGGAGAUAAAUGGCAUCGAGAUCAGAGGAAAAGAUGUCAACCAAGUCUUUGAUAUUCUUGCGGACAUGCACGGCCUCCUGACCUUUGUGCUCAUUCCCAGCACUCAGAGCAAACCUCCUCCUGUCAAAGAGAAUGUGGUCCACGUGAAGGCACAUUUCGACUACGACCCGUCAGAUGACCCCUACGUGCCUUGCAGAGAGCUGGGCUUGUCCUUCCAGAAAGGAGAUAUUCUCCACAUCAUCAGUCAGGCAGACCCUAACUGGUGGCAGGCCUACCGGGACGGAGAUGAGGAUAACCAGCCACUAGCUGGACUGGUACCAGGGAAGAGUUUCCAGCAGCAAAGAGAAGCCAUGAAACAGACCAUAGAAGAAGACAAGGAGCCUGAGAAGUCUGGGAAGCUGUGGUGUGCGAAGAAGAACAAGAGGAAGAGAAAGAAAGUGCUGUACAACGCUCACAGGAAUGAUGAUGUUGACAAUGAGGAGAUCCUCACCUACGAGGAGAUGGCUUUGUACCACCAGCCGGCCAAUAGGAAGCGGCCGAUUGCACUGAUUGGUCCAACCAGCUGCGGGCAGGUAGAGCUUAGACAGAGACUGCUCAACAACCAACCAGAGCGCUUCGCUGGAGCUGUCCCUCACACCACGCGGAGCCGUCGAGAAGGCGAGCUGAGUGGUCGAGAUUACCACUUUGUGUCUCGUCAGACCUUUGAGGCAGAGCUGGCAGCAGGAAAGCUGAUCGAGUCUGGUGACUUUGAGAAGAACCUGUACGGGACGAGUACAGACUCUGUGAGACAGGUCAUCAACACUGGAAAAAUCUGUGUGCUCUGUCUGCACACACAGGCUCUAAAGGUGCUGAGAAGUUCAGACUUGAAGCCUUACAUCAUCUUCAUAGCUCCGCCCUCCCAGGAAAGACUCCGAGCCCUAUUGGCUAAAGACAACAAAAACCCCAAGCCGGAGGAGCUGCGCGAUAUCAUCGAGAAAGCCCGGGAGAUGGAGCAGAGCUGCGGUCACCUGUUCGACGCCGUCAUUGUCAACCUGGACCAGGACAAAGCCUACAACGAGCUGCUACGACUCAUCAACAAACUGGACACUGAGCCCCAGUGGGUGCCCUGCUCCUGGCUGCGCUGACAACACACACACACACACACACACCAGUCAUAGAGUAGAAAAUGGAGUACACAUUUCUAGACAUUUAACUAACUGGAACAUGAAAUGCUGUGUGACAAUUACAGCAGAGUAUUAGAGCCACUGUUAGGGGAAAACUAGUCUGAGUCACAAUGUUAUGAGAUAAAAUGGAAUUUUAUGAGAAAACGAAGCGAAGAAAAAAUAAUGCUAAAAACAUAAUGCUACAAGAUUGUAAUUUUAUGAGAAAGCAUCAUGAUAUAAUGAGAUAAAUUCCUAUUUUAGUAGUACAACCAUAAUAUUACAAAAUAAUUUUAUGAGGAAAGGUCAUACUAUUGUGAAAAUUAGUUAAGAAUACCUUUUACAAAAAGACAUGUCAUAAUAUUACAAAAUAAAGUUCUGAUUAAUAAUAAUAAUAAUAAUAUUAUAUAAUCAUUAUAAUAUUGCAGGGAAAUGUGGUUAUUGUGGGAACAAAGUGCUGUGUGUUAUGAUAAAUUGAAUUGAUUAGUACAUCCUGACAGUCUUUCUAUUGAUCCUGACUCACUGAGCUUCCACGCAGAGCAUAAUGUCCACUCAGCGCUCUGGCUGCCUGCCAUAAAGCCCACUGGACUACAUUCUGAUGCCAUGAACAUGUGUUCUGUGUGCUCUGUGGUCCAGCAGCUGCCUCUAGCACAUCCAGCUGUGGGAUGUAUGCAUCACCUAAUUGGUUUCAUGAUUUUGGGGUAUUGAUGAAAGCUAUAACCUCAGGUCAUCAAUAUUCCCUCAUUUGACACAGAAAAGCUAACAACUUUCCAUUUUAAAACUUAAUUUUUUAAAUAUAUUUAUAGUUGUGAAAUGACAGUAUUUUCCCGUAAUAUUAGGACUUUUUUUUGUAAAUCUCUGAUUUAAUUCUGUUUGUUCUCAAAAUUACCACCUUGUUAUAAUACUUAAAUAUUACACAUUUUCUGAUGGUAAAGUAGACUGCAUUGUUUCACUAUUAAAGUAGUGUAGUAAAAAAUGUAGCUUUAUCUUGAAGUAUUUAAACUUUUAACUCGUACAACUACAACUUACAGUAUUUGGACAGCUUCUACAAUAACAUGACAUUUUCUCAUGAAACUAUGACUUAAUUGUACGUCUGUAAUCCCAACAUUUAUUUUAUCUUCAGAAUAAAUUCUGGUAAUACGACUUUACUCCCCACAUUGUAAUAUUACAACUGUAUCUCAUUAAUACACUAAUUCUCUUUUUAUUCAUAAAACUGCAACUUUACAUUAGUUCUUCUCAUAAAAUUCCAGCUUUAUUCUUCGAGUACUGUGACAUUUUGUCUGGAUAUCUCAUCUGCCAUUGACCCUGAUACUCUGCUGUAGUGCGGAGGGGAGACACUGAGCACACUAUAAGCAUCUUCUAGAAUGUAUUGACCUGGUGGCACUGGUAAUGAUAAAUACAUACAAUUGACAGUUUUUGUCUGUUGAGGAAACCCUCAACAAACUGAUGUUGUGCCUAACUGGUCCAUAAUGUUUUUAUUCAGCAGUGACAUUUAUAUGACGCUGAUCUCUUUCUUAUCAUCACAGUUCUUAGUGAGACCAAAAUAUGGACCUGGAAAACACUUUUUCCUUUUUUUAUCUUUUACUUUAAAAGUUCCUUCUCAGAAAUAUGGGGCCUCAUUCCUGAUGACUUUAUCCUGUGAUCAUUUCAACCAUUAUGAUUAAAUAUUUAAAUUAAGAAAGUCAAUUAUUUUAUUAUUAUUUGAACUUUUGCUGUGCCGAGAAUCAGAAAACGUGUGCACAUGAGGCCCCUGGUGAGGAGUAAAUGUGAAAAUCACACACACACACACACAUCAAGUACAAAUCCACACUGAGCCACCGCUUUUAUUGCUAUGAAGAACACUCACUAACAUGCAUUGUGUACUUACUGUACACACCACAACAGUGCAUUAGAUACUGACUGCCUCUGUACUGGGGAGCCUUCUGAACCCUGACUGACUGACUGACUGACUGACUGACUGACGGCUGGUUUCUCACCAGCACUGUACACUAUUGCAAUAAACACUAAAAUAAAGGACACAGCACUUCCUGGCUGACUUUGAUUUUCUGACUGACGUAUGACAGACUUAUCUCGUCGGCCGACUCUUUCUGUCCCGUCUGAUCACAUUUGAGUAGAAAUGAGCCUGAGGGGUGACGAAAAACCUGAAAGUUGUAGUUUUUAGCCGUGUUCCUGAUCGGCACACAAUGCUGUGUUUAUUAUUAUAUAUUUAGUGUGCGUUUGUGUGAGUGGACGUAUGCGUGCAUGUGUGCGCCCGUCUUUGAAGACGGUGAAGUAUUAUUGUGACCCAAAGUAGACCUGACACCAUAUCACUGUUAUCACUGGGUAGAGCAUUUAUAUAUUUGUAAUAAUAAAAAUAGAUUUAUGAAGUCCAGAAAGCACCAAUAGGAUUGCAGGUUUUGCCUCCCUGCCAUUGGUCCAGGAGGAAGAGGUGGGUGUGGCUAAGUGGAAUUAAUUGUAUUGAAUGUAAAGUUUAUUGAUACCACUUCUUGUUUAUCAGACAUCACUUCUUCCUGAGAAAAUCUGCUUUUUGUAUGAACAUUCACAAUGAAUAAAUAAAUAGAUGAUUGAU